AUGACGGCGUACUGCCACACAGUCUGCCACCUUGAGGAUAAAUUCAACGAUCUUGAGCUCAACCAUGUCGCAAGAUGCUUCAACAAGGCAGCCGACGAACUGGCAAAGGCAGCAUCCGGCCGGAGGCCAGUCCCUGCCGGCGUCUUUGUCAGUAACUUGCAUAAGCCCUUGGUCCGCUAUGAAGAACCGAGAGAGGCCGGCAACGAGCCACCUGUCCCGGACCCGGAGGCCGACCUCUCCUACCCCGGGGUUAUGAAGAUCGACACAGAACCAGCAAAAGGGCCCGACCCUCUGCCUGACUGGAGAGCUCCGUACCUCGACUACCUCAUCUGCGAGUCACUCCCGACGGACAAGACAGAAGCGUGGAGGAUUAUCCAUCGCGUCAAGUCCUUCAUCAUCAUCGACCAAGAGCUCUAUAAGCGAAGGCAUACCGGGAUCCUACAACGCUGCAUCCCCUCCGAGCAAGGAAGGUCACUGCUCCAUGACAUCCACGCUGGGGCUUGCGGUCACCAUGUCGCACCAAGAACCCUCGUCGGGAACGCUUUCCGACAAGGCUUCUAUUGGCCGACGGCAGUAGCCGACGCCACCCGCGUGGUACGCACCUGCGAGGGAUACCAAUUCUACGCCCGACAGACUCAUCUGCCUGCCUAA